GUCGAACUUCUUUGGCAGACGACUGAACAGCUGUAAUCACUAGCAGCAGCAGGUUAAUACAAAAUACACAACAUUGGAAUUGUGUGAUUGUGAGACAAUGGUGUGCAAUUGGUCUCCAGAUCCUCCAAGAGAUAUAGAUGACCAUAUGUUCGUGCCCUCACAAGUGAUGACUGUGGAGAGCGAUGACAGCGACGAGGAGACAUUAGGAAACGCUCCCCCGGGAUAUGAGCUGCUGCCGCAGGGUCCAGCUGUUGGAUUGUCAAGUGAGGAGGAAGAGGAGAGUGAUUCAGAAACGAGUGGCAGUGUCGCAGUCACAGUCUCCAGUUCUAGACAACCCAGUGAAGUUCCUUCAACUUCAGAUGCAUUGGCUCGGCGCCGCAGUGAAGUAGAGGAGGUGGAUCGACUGUACUCCACACCAGCGCUGCGGCCAGAGAUUGCUGUGGACUGUGACGAGGUCAGGGCAGCCAUGUCCGGCUUCUCUUUGCCUCCUUCAGCAUUCCCCCCCUGGGCUACCGGUGUGCCUGAGGCCGAGUGGGCCACUGUCCUGACCCAGCACAUACAGAGGAUACAGUCUGGCCACAACAGCAGUGAUACUCCACACAGCUGAGUUUGUUAACCCCACUUUUAACCAUUGAUAAGAUUUUGUAAUUUUAUUAAAGCGUCCCCAGAUCUGUUUUAUUAGAUUUAAGGACUGUUCUACAUUAUAUAUUUAAAAUAAAUAAUGAUGUUAAUUAGCAGGUUAUGUAGAAUAGGGUUUUUGAGGAAAUAUGUGUAACUGCAACAUGGCUUUCAGAGUAUUGUUUGUACUAACUGACUGUUAGUACUGAUGUGCUUUUGUAUACAUUUGAAGAAACAUAAAUAAAUAGCUUGAGUUUUUUCAAAAAUAUUUUGGCACUGUAAUAUUCACAAUAUAUAUGUUUUAUAGAGUAAUAAAAGUAAGACGAUUAUGUAUUUUUUAAAUACAAAUUUGUAUUGACAUUUUUUAAUAUUACAAAAUAUGUAUAACAAAAUUGUACUGCUUCACAAAUAUUAUACUCCAAGAGAUUAAUAGCAAUAAUACAACAAAUUUUCAUUGUUUUAACAAAGUAUUAGAAUAGUUGUUUUAUUACAAAGGCUAUAAUGUUCCAAGAACUAAGUUAUUUUGGCUGACAGUACAUUCUUUAAUAAUUAAAUGUUAAUGCAGGAUGUCUUUGAAACUAAUAUUAUUUAUUACACAAUGCCAAGUAUUAAUACAUUUUAUGAAAAUUAGAAAUGGCUACAAAGGUAAUCAUUCAGAAAUCAUAGUAUUAUCAGUGACGUGUUCAUAACGACGUGUAUUCCCAUCGGGUAAACACAAUCUUUCAAAACUGCUGUCAUGUACCCAAUCGGGUUCACACCGUGCUUUCGUAGAUCGUGUUGUGCGCUUGAUGGGGUAUACGUUGUUAUGCAUUUCAUUAUUGGUUUGUUAAAUUUGAUCCCAUGCUUAAAUAAAUACCUCAGAUUAUCAUUUACCCUAUUGGGUGCACGAUUGCUUACUUUUUAGGGUUUAUUAGUUAUUUUAGGUAUCCCAGAGAAAAAUUGGAAAAAAAGAUAACUAAAUUGUUUUUGUACAAAAUUAUGAAGCCUACAUACCUAUCUCAUUAUAUUUAGAUGUUUGAUGUAAAAAUCUGAUUCCGAUUUUAUGCCAUUAUUAUUGAAAAAUUCAAUAGCAAAUAUAAAAGUUCGGAAAAAUGCUGACGUAUGUGUAUGUAUUGAAGUUAAUUACAAGACGUUUAAACCAUGUGGUAACAUUAUAAAACUGGAUGUAAAAAGUUUUACUGUACUAUUCCAUUUAGAAAUGGUUACAUCAAUUUAACAAUCAAAAUGUGUAGGUUAUGUGGAUAAAACAUACUGUUUCAUUCUGUUUAAAGUUUUAUUAGUAUGAUUUACUACUAUAUUUCACAAAUAAAAUCAAUGAUCUUAAAUAUUUUGUUGUAAGUGGUGACUAUUUCACUUUAUAUUAUUUCAUGUGUUUUAGGAAAUGUAAAGGUAAUAGAAAAUAAUUAAUUUCUUUCACCUUCUAAUUUUCAUCAAACUUCAUACGUACAUUUUAUUAUGUACAUUACCAUUUAAGCUAAAAUUGUAUUGUUGAUCUGUUAGUAUUAUUAUUAAUUUAUAGAUUGCAUUGUUCUGAUUACACAGAUAUAUUAAAAACAAAUUGAGCAAG